UAUAUAUACUUAUAGAUUUGAUGUUGAUGUUAUAUCUUAUUCCGCCUCUGGAACAAUGAUACGUGGUACCUUUUUAAUCAGUUUGCUUAUGUGUGGGUAUUCCCUCCCUGCUGGUAGGGAAGAGAAGAGUGCUCUGUUCGAAGUACCCGAAAUAAUAAAAUCCAAUGGAUAUCAAUCGGAGCGGCACCACGUGAUCACGCCAGACGGUUAUAUCCUGGAGAUGCACAGAAUCCCAUUCGGCCGACACCAGACGACAUCAGAAGUGAGGAGACCGGUGGUGUUCCUUAUGCAUGGGCUGUUAACAGCCUCAAAUUCUUACAUCGUUCUCGGUCCUGAGCACAGCAUUUCUUACAACUUGGCUGAUGCCGGUUUCGACGUCUGGAUGGGAAACGCUCGCGGAAACAGAUUAUCAAGGAGACACACGACUUUAGACCCUGAUGUGGACAAAUCUGAAUUCUUCGACUUCUCGUGGGAAGAAAUAGGCAUGAUCGACGUCGCUGCUAUGAUUGACUACGUUCUAGAAUUUACUGGAGAAGAGAAACUUCAUUAUGUAGGCCAUUCUCAAGGAGGCACUUCUUUCCUGGUUCUUGCUUCUAUGAGACCUGAAUAUAAUGAAAAGUUGAGUUCCGUUAAUCUUCUGGCCGGAGUAGGGUAUAUGAAUCAUUUCCCUAAUAAGCAUCUUGGGGCAACGGCUCUUUUGACUGAUGUUAUUUACGUAGCAGCUUCAGCAGUCGGUUUCGUGGAGGUCUACCCUCCAGACUUCGAUAGAUCCCUUCCGUGGGGCAGGACCGCUGGCACUGAUCGCUGCACCGGGAAUCUUGAAACACAAUACAUGUGUGACCUCAUAGGAGUACGCCACUUGGUGAGAGAAAAUGAAUCAGUCAGUGGAACUUCAGACUUUUUGGAUAUUGGAGGAGCUGCUCUGAAGCAAAUAGCUCACUACGGGCAAAACAUAAGGGACAAGGCAUUCAGAAGGUGGAACUACGGCUUAAUUCAGAAUUUGAGAAUUUACGGAAAAGUGGCGCCACCGGCUUAUGAUCUAAGUCUGAUUACCGCUAAUGUUACAAUGCAUUAUACAGUCAAUGAUAAUCUAUUGGAUGAAAGAGAUGUUUUAGCUAUGGCUGCUGAUAUGCCUAAUACUGUUGUGAGGAAAGUAGCCAGAGACACAUUCUUACACGAAGACUUUGUUCUAGCUAAAGAUGUCAAAGAAUUAGUUACUGAUUUUAUGAUUGAAUCCAUGUUGCAAAUCGAACAUAUGUGAAUAUUCUGCGAUGUGUGACUUUGGCUGAAAUUUCACAUAAAUAAAAAUGUUUUUAUAUUUUUUAAACUUGACUGACGAUACCAAUAUUUGUAUGUUGCCAUUUGUGUAAUACGUAGAAUUAUACUAAAAAAAAGUAAUUCAAAAUUAUACUACAUUGUUUAUCAAU